AAGAACGGUUGGGGGGCAGCUAGCUGAUGAAACAAGACCGACCCAGUUGAGCGGCUGAAAGUUGAUUUGAUUUGAUUUGAGCAUAUUCUAAUAAUUCUACUACGAGUCCUCCCCAAAUCUCUUUACCAUCCUCUUUGGGGAGGACAAACUAUCAACUUCAGGUCUGUACAUAUCCCAUCUUUGCUUCAUUUGUACACACGCUUUCGUUCGGGAACUUCCUUCUUUUAACAUCUUCUUCUCCUUCCUCCCUUCUUCCUCGUCGUACAUAAAUUUUGGAUUGUACGUUCUUGAGGACCCCAGUUAAUCGAUUUCUGGGUAAAACCCCCUCCAAUAUUUAGCCAGAUCUAGGUUUCUUAGAUUUUGAAAUGUUUCUCAAAAUGUUGGAAGGAAAUAGGAGGAUGAUAUACCCAGUUAUUGGAUUUGCAUCAUGUAUUGCGCUACUUUUCCUAUCAUUUGGGGACAUAUGGGUGAAUAAUGUUGAUAAAAGAGAAUUAGAAAGUUUGAGCUUUGUGAAAAGAAAUGGAACUCACUUUACGGUGGAUGAUAAGAUCUUUUAUGUAAGUGGCUGGAACUCUUACUGGUUGAUGGACCAAGCCGUAGAAGAAUCAUCCAGACCUAGAGUAAAUGAGGUGCUUCAAAUUGGUGCAAAGAUGGGCUUAUCUGUAUGCAGAACUUGGGCUUUCAACGAUGGUACCUACAAUGCUCUCCAAAUCUCCCAUGGUCAAUUCGAUGAACGUGUCUUCAAGGCUUUGGAUCAUGUCAUUGCCGAGGCUAGAAGGCAAAGAAUCAGGCUGUUACUUUCAUUAGUGAAUAAUUUGCAAGCAUUCGGAGGAAAGGCACAGUAUGUCAAGUGGGCAUAUGAAGAAGGUGUCAGUAUGAACUCCACAAACGACUCUUUCUUUUUUAACCCUUCUAUCCGUCAUUAUUUCAAGAACUACAUCAAGGCUGUGUUGACAAGGAGGAACACAAUUACAGGGAUAGAGUACAGAAACGACCCUACGAUAUUUGCAUGGGAGUUGAUGAACGAGCCUCGUUGCAUGUCUGACCCUUCUGGAGAAACUCUUCAGGACUGGAUAGAAGAGAUGUCUAUCUUUGUUAAAUCAAUUGACAAGAACCAUUUGCUUACAGUAGGGCUUGAAGGAUUCUAUGGUUCUAAAAGUCCCAAAGGGUUGACAAUGAAUCCAGGGCCAUGGGCUGGUGAGCUUGGAUCUGAUUUCAUCAGAAAUUCAAAUAUCUCAACCAUUGAUUUCACCACUGUACACAUCUACCCUGACCAGUGGUUUAACUUUAAGCUUGAAAUUGAAGAAAAAAUGGAGUUCGUCUCCAAAUGGAUGGAUUCACACAUCGAAGAUGGAGAUAAAGAACUAAACAAACCUGUGGUGUUCACUGAAUUUGGACUUUCAAACCUUAGUAAAGGUUUUAGGGAAUCUGAUAGAGAGAGGCUGUACAAGACAGUUCUAGACAUUGUGUAUAAAUCCGCACUGGGAAACAAAUCCGGAGCCGGAGCUUUUGCCUGGCAAUUCUUGGUUCGUGGGAUGGAAAAGUAUAACGAUGAUUUUGGUUUUGUACCUGCAGAGACUUCACACACUUAUCAGUUGAUGAGUAAUCAUUCAUGUAAAUUGGCGUUGAUACAAGGAAGCCCAACUUCUCGUAGAGUUUGUUUGACGAUGCUGUAAGUCUAUAACUAAAGGAACACAGCAGAGAUUGAUUAUUUAUGAGUGUGAAUAAUAGAGAGAUAAGAAAGUGGUAUAAAGCUGAUUAUUGGCAAGAUUCUUUCAGCCUGGGAUUGGAUUGGAUUGAAUUGAAUUGCCAAUUGUUCAUGUUUAUGCAUCUACCCUUUGCUCUAUCCUAAUUGAUUAUAGAAAAGCCUUCUUCCUGUAAAUUUACAACUUUCACAAUACAUAGAUAAAGACAUUAC